GCCAUACGGGCAGAUUCCGACUCCUUUCCGACCCGCGCUUCCUCCUCAGACCUUUACCAAUGGCAGACGCACCACCCCCUCUGACUCCAGAGGCCAAUGAGGCGCCACAUGCGACUACUGCAAAUCCCAGCACCCCUACUCCUGCCAAUCCCAGCACCACUACUACUCCUGCCGAUGAGAUCGCGAAUGCACCCUCAACCUCGACCUCGACCUCGCGCCGUCGCCCCACCCUCACCACCAUUCUCGAUGCAUCGUUUCCGGGGCCAGCCAGCCCGACCAGCGAUGCAUUGGCACAAGACCCUCUCACUCGGGUCCGCAACCUUGCUGAUACCGGUGUCAUGCGCCGCACGUCCUUGCUACCCGACAUUUCUCGUAUGGGAUCUGUUGUUCCAACCAUCCUGGCGCCAGGAAAUAUUGAGCAAGCCCUCAUCAUGGACGACAAAUCCAAGACCGCUGAAAAGCCUAAACAACUUUCAAACAGCACCAGCACCUCGCAAGACAGCGGUGUCGAGUUUGACCAAGCGCUCGAGGGCGUGCACGUGGAAAUUGCCAUCCCAGACCCCACUUCCAACAGCGGCGCGGGCCGCAUGUGGUUCUGCCUUUUUCUCUAUGCUCUCUUUGCUUCCUGCAACUCCAUUCUGCUUCGCACAUCCAACAUCGUCGACAAGCACGUGGAAGUCUCCAGCGGCACAUACAUUUGCCUCUACUACAUGGGCGACGCUUGCUCCCUUCUGACAUUUGCCUCUGUCAACUUUGGCCCACGAAUUGCCGGGCACUGGGGCGAACUGCGGCUCUACAACCACGUCAUUGGCGCCCUGGCCGGCCUCACCAAUGCCAUGGGCAUUGUUGGUUUUACCAUGCUAAACGCCAACGACGGUGAAGCCUCGCUUCUGGCCCCACUAGCCUCCCUUUACGUUAUCGUCCCCAUCGUCGCCGGAUUCCUCUGCCUUGGCGAUCGCCUCACCAAGCAAAAGGCACUGGGCAUCGGGCUGGGCCUCGGCGCAACCAUGAUGUUUGCCUUUGGCGGUGGCUCAAGCUUUGAUCUCGGGGAGACUCGCACCUUGCUCUUCUUCUUCAUCACCAUUGCUGGCUGGGGGUUGACCACGCCCUUGCUCCAAAUGCUGGCCGUUUUCACCGAAGUCAACAUGGCCUUUAGCUACUGUAGCAGCGUGGUCUGGUUUGUGGCUGGUGGCUUCUUCUCCGCCUUUGUUAUCUUUGGCGAUGUGUCUUUGGCUGGCUUUGGCGCCACCCACGUCUUGAUCAUGGCUGCUGGCGCUUGCCAUGGCCUGGGCAAUGGUAGUUUUGUCUAUCUUUCCCAAGCCAUGCCAGACAAGGCAGCUAUCGUGGCCCCGCUGAGUAGCCUCUACGUGCUCAUCCCCGUGAUUGUGGGUAUGGUUUUCCUGGACGAAGCUGUGACCGCCCUCAAGAUUGUGGGUGCCAUUUGCACCGUUGCCGGUGCUCUUCUGAUGGGUGUCGACGACUUGGUCAGCUUUUGGAAGCUGCUGUGCGGAGGCGAGGUCGGCGAAACUGUCACGGGGCCUGUCGUUGUGGACGACGAAGGCCACGUUGUCAUGCAGCUGGACUGGAAGGACGUCACCUGGGAUGACAACAUGCAUCUGGCACUCAACCCCGAUAAGGAGACGCUUCGCGAGGUUCAACACGCCGUCGAGUUGGUGCACGAGCACGAGCAUGAGAACGAGCAUGCGGACCACCCGCCUCUGGUGCUGGGUAUGCCUGUCCUUGUGCGGACACCGCACACUAGCAACCUGCGCGCCACUUUUCUGUAGUUCUUCCUUGAGUUAGUCUGUCAGAAGAAGAAAAAAAUUGGUCGCGAGCAGAAUGCGCAGCCAGUCUGAGAAGCACAACGGCCAGCCGUCGAAAAUAGCGUGUAAAGAGCAAGAGUGCUCAGUGCCGCCCUCUAUACCCGUGGUGAUACCCGAUGCCAUGAGGGACGAGAGCGAGCGAGAUUCCAGAGACCAGAGACCAGAUCAAUGGGUAAUGUCAUCUAAUUGAAUCCUUG